GGUCGCUUCGCUCGUGCGACCAACUUCACACUCAUUCAGAAUCGACCACUUUUUCCACUAGUUUUACAAUAUACUAUUUUUGCAUUGAGGUGAGUGUACAAUUUGUUAGGAAUAAUCGAGAGACCCGCGCUCCAUGCGAAUCUGACAAAUAAAAUUUUAAAAAGAAUCUCUGAACACAUGGUGUAAGACCGCUUUUCUUAGAAAUUCUGCUGAAAAUUAUUACAUAGAUUUACGUUGCCAUUAAAAUCCAUAAUGUUUCAAAAUCGAACUUGUAUCACGGGACCACAUUUUCAAAAUAAGUGACUUCCUACGAUAUUGUAAUAAAAUCACAUACCAGAAACAAACAUGUACAUAUAUUGAUAUAUUUUAUGCAUUAUUAAUAAAUGUACAUACAACACUGAUUGAUUAGCAAUUGAAAUCGAUGGACGUCAUCUUUUUUUCAUGAUAUAAGAAUCAAUGAUUAUAUACCUAUUAUAUUUAUAUUAUUAUUAUGUGUAUGUAUAACAUUGCACACACAUUUUUACACUGUACAUACAUCACUGUAUGAGGCAUCUCCAUUCUGUACAUUACAUAAUUCUACGCAGGCCAUUAUGGACCACGGAAUGAAAGUGUCAACAUUUCAGUUCACGAUUAUCGCCAAUUUACAAUGAGAAACUUGAUUCUCGAGAAGGACACGUGUGAGAGGAGUGACGCUGACACAAAUGACAGCAAGGAUAAUCCUUCCGUGCACGGCUUUGAUACCGGGAAUCUCCGCAAGACUGUCGUGGAUCUGCGGCAAUCGUUAAGAGAUAAAAUUAACAAAAAUGAAAUAUUUUGUAGCUUCGAAAUCGUUUCCACGAGGAAACCCGGCGCGUUUUACCGAAGACUUCUCAUAGAUAUGGAAGAGUAUUCGCCUCUCUUUUACUCAUUAACGUGGCAUAACGAAGCAGCUUCCAGCAACGAUAGCUAUCUGCCGUUGGACUUGGUGGAGAAUUUUCCGCCCAAUACUCUUUUACAUCUAGCAGCUAAGGGUCUAAAACGCGACGAGGUCGUCCGUAUCCUAAAAAAGACCCUCGCCCUCGGAAUAGUUAAUAUAUUUGCAUUGCGAGGAGAUUCGUUGUCCGAGAACGGCGACUUCGAGCACGCGGCGGAUCUGGUUGCUUUCAUCAGAGAGCAGUUUGGCGACACGUUUUGCGUGUGCGUCGCGGGUUAUCCGCAAACGCACCCGGAGUCGUCCUCCAAGGAGCUCGACUUGCAUCAUCUAAAAGCGAAAGUGGAGGCGGGCGCGGAUUUUAUCAUAACGCAAAUAUGUUUCGAAUCUCGGCUCCUGAUAGACUUCGUGAGGGAUUGUCGAGAGAUCGGGAUUCGAGUUCCGAUCCUCCCCGAGAUCCUCGCGCCAGCGAGUCACGCGUGUCUGGAGAAAAUGACGGACAUAUGCGGGCUCGACGUACCGGUCGAAAUUAAAGACGAUUUGGCACGAAUGAAGGACGACGAUCGAGCGGCGAGGAAAUAUUCAGUCGACCUAAUUACGCGGAUAAUUACGGACGUGAUUAGAAGCGGGGUAACGCGUGGUUUUCAUCUUUCCACGCUAAACAGAUUAUCGUUGGUGGCGGAAAUAUGCAAGCGCGUAAAAUUUCUCGGAGCGGAAAACUCAUAGCGGAAACCUACGCUCUGGAUUCACAUUCCAAGAAAGUCACAAACCAAGCGGCAGAAAAAAAAGAGUGUUAAUACAAGUCAAUUAAUUUCUUGCGAAACAAAAUAAAAUCGACCGAUCGCAAGUUCGAUCCUUGCGCUUUAUUUUAAUUAUUAUUAAUUAAUUUAAUCAUUCGUUGCGAUCAUUCAAUCAUGU